AUGGAAGGGGCGCCAAUUGCAGCCAGACCUCCGGCUCACCGCGAGGAGGAGGACACCUCGGACCUCCGGCUUGGCCGAGCCAUGCCGGUGAACACCAUCAAGGCCGCGAACUUCGCGCAUUUCAAUGAUCUGGCAUUGCUUCACUUGGUGCUAAGAAGGCACUACUUGCCGAUCAGCUGCCAGGAAACACAGGAGUUCACGAUGUCAAUUACAUCCUUCUCACGCUGUUUUUGCGAAGAUGUGGCUUCCUGCUCGGAGUGCUUCGAGGACGUCAUGACAACCCCGAGAUCGAGCCUAUAA